GACAGAGCAACUCUCUCGCAGUUAAACAGUUGAAGGAAACAAUCAGAAACAUUGAACAAGAUAGAGACAGACUGAGCAAAGAAAUAAUGACACUGAAAUCUGAGAAUGAAGCUCUCUCGGGCUCCUUGAAAGAUCUAAACGAAUCUAUGACCAGCCAAAAUCAAAUUAAAGACAAAGAGAUACAAGGAGUAAGAGAGACUCUGGCAGAGAAGCAAGCACUGGUUGUAAAAUUACAACAAGAAGCUCAUAAAGCCAAAGAAGAAGCAUCAAAGGCACAGACUGAGUCUUCUUCGUCAGUAGAGAAACAAGUAGAGGCAGCAAGACAAGAGAUAAAGAAGAAAGCUGAGGGCAAGCUAGGGACCAUAAAGAAGCAACUGACAGCUCAGUUUGAGAAGACGGAGUCAGAACUUAAGAGGCAGCUACUUGAGAAAGAAAAGAAGUUGGAGUCAAUGACCGCGUCCUUUGAAGACCUGAAGAGAAAGAACGAGAGCCUGGAGGAGAGGGGACAGGGGCUCUCUGGAAAGGUGAGUUCUCUUCAGUCACAACUAGAGCAGCUGGAGAAGACUCACAGCGAGAGAUUCGUACAAUUGGAGGCGUCUUUGAGAGAGAAAGAGAGCGAGUUGUUUGAGAAAUCCCAAGAGUACUCUGAACUCUCCUCUAGUCAUGAAGAGAUGGAGAAAGAGCUCACGGGAUUAAAGAAAUCACUGGAAGAGAAAGAGAGAGUACUACACGUAAAAGAAACAGAGUCAAAGGAAGGGAAUGAGCAGCUUGCACUAAAACUGGCGGCCAUUAGAAAUGAGAGAGACGAUCUUCAGAGAGAACUGACUGACAGCGAAAAUAGAAGGAGCCAAUCGGAGAAAGAAGCAAGUGAGAGAUUGGAAAAGAAGCUGACCGAGAUCAAAGGCCUUGAGAAGAAACUCAGACAAAGCGAGCGCAAACUGGUACAAGCUGAUAAGGAAUGGCAGGAGAAGAUGGAAGAGAUCCUCACCAAAGCAAACAAAGAGCACCAGAGACUCACUCAAGAGCUUGAGGUGAAGAACCUUUCUCGUUCAUCGGCAGAAUCAAAUAUGGAGACACAGGUAUUAGAACUAACAACUGACUGUGAGGAACUGAGACAAAGACUGCAAAUAAUGGAAGAAGAGGGAAAUAGGGAGAGAGAGGCAAGCGAGCAUAAGGUCAUUGAAUUAGAGGGUCUAGUCUCUGACUACCAGUUGAAACUGAAGCAAGAAGUAUCUGCUGUAAAGAAGCAAUGCAAGGAGGAGCUUGAGGCUGCUGUGGUGAAGCACAAGACAGAAAUGGAGUUUUUGAAAAGAAGGCAACAGAUGAGUCUUCAAACCGGAUCUGAGGGUGAGAGGGAGGAGUGGUAUCUCAUUGAGAUUGCUGAUUUGAAGCAAUCGCUCGAAGUGGCUAAAACUGAAGCUCAUUCUGCUAGAGAGAGGCUGAUGAAAGAAGAGAAGAAAGUAUUGACAUUAGAAACGCAAUUGAGUCAGCUAACCCCUGAUAAUACAAUAAGAGAGACUGGAGAGAGAGUGAAAGGAGGAGGAGGAGGUAGUGGAGGAGAUAAGGAGUUGGAAUAUUUGGAUAAGAUACAUAAUUUAGAAGAGCAGAUUGAUCAACUGAAUGAAAGUCAGUCAUCAAUGACAAGGUGAGGAAUUAUGAGUUUGCAU